UCUCGGCGAUAGCUGACCGGCGGACGUGCCGGCGGCGGCGGCGGUCGUCGAACUCGUGGAGCGCCGCGCGGGAAGCUCAAGGAAGGAAAAAAGGGGAAUAGCGGGCGACAAGAUAGGAGAACGCAGGCCAGUCGGAAAGAGAGUGCUUUCUUCGUGAAUCGGUGACGGUGAAGGUCCUCGUAUAUAAGCAACUGCCAGUACUGCAAUUGUCAGUGUGAUUCGUCCCAUCGGAACCGUCCUAUCUGCUUAUACCUGCUAACCGGAUCACGAUGUUGCGAGUUUUUUUGUUCGGACUGGCCGUGGCCGCUGUGAGGGCCUCUUAUUUGUCCUCCCUGGAAGGUCAUGGUUUCGGCAGUGAGCCGAAGCUCAUCUCGCAAUCGGUGCACCUAAAGGAGAUACCGACGAAAAUCAUCAAGGUCACGAAGACUGCGGUUGUCAAGGUUCCAGUGCCGUAUCCUGUUAAAGUGCCCCAUCACAUACCCGUUCCGGUGCCGGUGAACCAUCCGAUCGCGGUUCCGUACCCGAAGGUAGUGAAAGUCCAGGAAACGGUGCCGGUCGAGGUGUCGAAGCCAAUCCCGAUCGAGAUCCACCAGCAGGUGCCUGUAGUGGUGCCGAAGGCUGUCCCGAUACCGCAGCCGGUUCCCGUUCCACAGCCGGUAGCGAUCAGCAAGCCGGUCUUCUACCCAGUGCCGCACCCUAUACCUUAUCAGGCGCACAGCGAGUCGGAGGGUGGAGCCGGGGGCUACGAUACCGGAUCGGACCACGUGGGACACGAGUCCGAGAGCUAUAGCGCUUACACGGUGAACGAGCAAGGACACGGAGGCUACGAUCAGCAGAAUUCUGGAGGACACUUCCAGCCGUCGCAACCUGACUACAAUUCGCACCAUUGAAGAGGAUUCGGGAGGAUCACUGUUCUCAGGUCGAAGAGAUUAACUCCAUUUAAUGUUGUUGGAUUUAGUAUCGAAAUGAUUAAUUGGUUCUUGUUACAUUUUUUUACUUGCCAUUGUAUGGAGUUAAUCACUUUGACGAAUGAAUGGCCAAGUUGGUGGACAAUUGGAGAGGAUCAUAGUUUAUAGGCUGAGGAGAUUAACUAGACUUUUUGAAUGUUUUGGAAUUUAGCACUGGAUUGAGUAAUUGGCUCUUUAUGUACGUGAUUUUGUCAAACAUUUUACUUGCCAUUUUGUGGAGUUGAUCAUUUUGGUAUAUCAAUGACAAUGUCGAUGGAUAAGGUACGAUGUAAUUUUUCGAUUCUGGUGUUUUGUUGAGAUCUAUUGAUUCUAGGGAAAGAGGGUGCGAAAAUCGCCAUACUGUAUGAUAUUCAGGCUGUUUCUGGUGAAUACGUUAAUAUUUGGCAGUUGGUACCCUUCAAGCAUUCUGAGAAGUAUUUUGCGUGGGAUAAUGUCGAUAAACAGAAGGGAAGCAUCUCAGUAAUUCGAGGACUGCUGUAUUUAUGUUGAUGACGUUUCGGGUGCUCUUGUUGUGAGAUUGCGGGACUUCGUGUGAUAUUAGAAUUUUCUUUCUAAGAAUUCUGAUACAAUUGAAUUGACAGAAACUGUCACACGCAAGCGAACACCAAUUACGCAAUCUCUGUUACAUUCAUUAUGCUAAGAUCUUAUCUAAUUCUCUAGUUCCAACUAUUACGAACUGACCUUUUUGGUAGUAGCUUUAAAGAGAUUAUUUCAUACGAGGUCCCAAACAGAAGCUAAAAAGCUGUAUC